UUUAUAGGUGGGCAUGUAUCAAACUGGCCAAUGCAAUUUACUAUCUUUUAAACAGCCUACAUGUAUACCAGUGACAUUGAAGAAGUCAGCUCAAUCCCCUGAUGGUAUGGAAUCCACGAAGGCUCAUCCCUUAUCAGCAGAAACUUCCCUCAUGAUGCGAGACUGCAAACUGGCUUGGACUCAGCUUAGGAAAUUAAGAGGGUACCUGAAUGACCCAAGAUGUCCGCCAUCAGAAAGAGCUUUGAGGACUAAACAGAAGCACCUUCUAAAGGACUACCUUCAAGGGGAAAUGGCUGAACUCCUUUUUACCAGUGAUAAGGCGGAUGGAGUAAACGACCUAUCUGCUUUUGUUGGGGACCUCACAGAGAUGGCAUUGGAUUAUUUGGAUCGACACCAACGAAAUGGUACUCUGACGCGGCAUAAGGGAGUUAUUCCGGAGGACGAAGUAUGGACAAAAGUCGGGUGGGAUAAGGGUGGUUCUUCCUUUAAAAUGGCGUUCCAAAUUGUCAACUUUGAGCACCCAAAUUCUCUUCGAAACACUGUGGUGUUUGCCUACUUUGAGGCUUAAGACUCCCUGGCGAACAUC